AGUAAGAAAUCUCUUCUACCAACAGCCGUCGGUGCAUUUGCCGAAAGACGCGCGUUCGAUCAUGAAUAGAAUCGUAUUACUUUCACUAUUGUCCUUGGCCGCGGCCGCACCGGUAAUCGUCGAUCAACAUUACAACCAUGAGGAUCUAAUGCGGAUAGUAAGACAUUUGCAAGAUAUCAAGAGAUCGGACCAUGACAAUUUUGGGAGUUCUGGAGAUAGUGGUAGCUAUGGUGGUGGUAGCUAUGGUGGUGGUGACUAUUCCAGUGGCCACGGAGGUGGUGGUUUUGAAGCUUCCGCUGGACAUUUAGAGUCUGGUGGAGGUCAUUUAGACGGAGGACAUCAGGAUUAUUCUUCUUUCGGUGGAUAUGGUGGACACGGUGGUGACGAGGGUGGUCAUGGAAUUUCUUUAGAUGGCGGACAUAAUUUUGUUCACAGCGUACCAAUUUCAGAACACGUUGAAGUUACCAAGCCCAUAGCUGUGCCAGUUGUCAAGGAGAUAGGUAUACCAGUGCCACAACCAAUAAAAAUUGGUGUUCCACACCCAGUUGCUAUCGGAGUUCCACAACCAUACCCAGUAGCAGUACCAGUAUCAAAACCCGUACCUAUUCAAAUUGUGAAGACGGUAGCUGUGCCCGUCGAAAAAAAGGUUCCAUAUCCCGUAGAAAAACAUAUACCUGUGCCUGUGGAGAAGCCAGUUCCCAUAACGAUUGAAAAACAUGUGCCAGUUCCGGUGGUUAAGCCUUAUCCCAUCAGAAUCCCUGUCUAUAAAACGAUCUACCAUCAUGCGAAAAAGGGUCAUUAGAAUGGAAAAUGAAGGAGUGUCCUUCAGAAAUGUAUAGGCACUCACGAUAGCCAAGAGAGAUGGCAAAAAAAGGUGUCCUUAGGAAUACGUAAAGGAGUUGACAACGAAUAAACUUCGUUAUCUCUUCUUUUCGAAUUUUUUACGUGAUAUCUAUUUCUUGUUAUUAUUAUUAUUAUUAUUAUUUUUUUUUUUUUUCAUAUGUUGUAUAUACACAAAAUAUCCAUGUAAGCAUUGCCGAGUGCAUUAAUUAUGCGCUCAUCCUCUCGACAAUGCAUUGUU